CUCUAUGAGGAAGAAAUGGGAAGUCAUAAUGAGGAGAACACAGGGGAGAAGCUGCAUAUAGCACAGCAGCAACUUGCCUUGGCUGGGAACAAGAUUGUUUCCCUAGAAAGGAGUUUAAAUCUCUACAGGGAUAAAUACCAAAUGUCCCUGAGCAACAUCGAGUUACUAGAGUGUCAAGUGAAGAUGUUGGAGGGGGAGCUCAACGGAAUCGUUGGUCAGGAGCCCGAGAACAAGGGGGAUCAUCCAAAGGUGCGUAUGUACUCUUCUCCCUGCCUGAUUCAAGACCAUCAGGAGACCCUGAAGCGACUGUCUGAAGUCUGGCAAAAGGUCUCCGAACAAGAUGAUCUAAUCCAGGAACUUCGAAAUAAAUUGGCCUGCAGUAAUGCAUUGGUUUUGGAGCGUGAAGAGUCUUUGAUAAAAUUACAAGCAGACUUUGUUUCCUAUAAAGCCACGCACAGACAUCCUCCUUGCUCUUCCGAAGACUGUGAAGACGUGAAAAAGAUACUGAAGCACCUGCAGGAGCAGAAAGACAGCCAGUGCCUGCAUGUGGAGGAGUACCAGAACCUUGUGAAGGACUUGCGGUUGGAGCUAGAAGUCGUGUCGGAACAGAAGAAGAACAUCAUGAAGGACAUGAUGAAGCUGGAGCUGGAACUGCACGUGCUACGAGAGGAGACAUCUGCCCAGAUAGAGAGGAAGGAUAAGGAGGCCUUCCACCUGCAACAGCGGCUGCAGGAGAUGGAGUGGCGGUUCUGUGAGAUCCAAAAGUUUGCUUCAGAGAAAGACAGGGCCCUCCAAGAGAAAGAUGAAAAGCUACACAAGCUAGAGAAGGAACUAGCACAGAAUUGGGAUGCCCUCAAAAACAAGGAGAUGGAGCUCCAGAAGCAGCAACUCCUAGCAACAGAACGCAAAUUGGAUGCUAAUCAGGACAACUGUGAGGCUCUGCGUGCAGAGUUCCAGAAGCUGAAGAACAGUCUUGAAGAAGCCAAACAGCAGCAGAAGCUGGCUGCUCAGCAAGCAGCCCAAUAUAAAGAGCAGACCUUUCUGGCUGAGAGCAAGCUGGAGGAUUCCCAGAGGAAACUUCAAAGUUAUAUUGCCCUGGACAGGCAGAAGGAAGAUACCAUCCAAGAACUACAGAAAGACCUUCAGAAGCAGCAGGAGGAGUUCUUGAUAGCAAAAGAACAACUAGCGUCCAACAGGAAACAAAUAGAUGAGCUGACAUCAGAACUCUCUGAGGCCAAGAGGAAGUUUGAAAUUUCAGACAAAGAAAAGAAGCAGCUUCAGAAGACAGUGGAUGAGCUGGAAAUGAAGCUGAAUGACACCCUAGAGCGUAUGAAACAGAUUCAGCACCAGAACAAAGAGCAAGCCUCCACCAAAGACAGUCUAGAAGAUGAGCUUCAGGAGGUAAAAAGGUUACUGGAGGAGAAACGGCUGCAGUUGAAAAAGAGCAAAGAACAGGAGAAAAUGCUGGAGCAAGAACUUGAGGCAUCCCGACAGGAAGAAAGAAAGAGAGAAAAGAUGUCUAAGGACAACUUGAGGAAGCUGCAGGAGGAAAAUGAAAAUCUUCAAGCAGAGCUGCUGAAUUAUUCUACACAACUAGAUACCUCUGUCAGCAAACAUAACAGCACCCAGCAAAUUGUCCAAGAGCUGAAUAAAGAAAUAGCCCAGCAGAAGGAGGCCAUGAAGAAUCUGCAGGCCCAGCUGGACAAGGCUGUGCAGAAAGAGAAGCACUGUCUCCAGAGCAUGGUCAGUAAAGAGGCCUAUGAGGAGUUAUCCCGGAAGGCAGCCACCUGCCAAGAGGACCUGACUCAAGCCCUGGAGAAGCUCAAUCAAGCAGCCGCAGAGACAAAAGAUCUGCACCGAAGCUUGAUGCAGACCCAAGAGAGGAAAACUCACCUGGAAGAUGAAAUCACUGCUUAUGAGGAAAGGAUGAAAAAGCUCAAUAUGGAAUUAAAAAAACUCCAGGGCUUCCAGCAGCAGAGUGAGCUAGAGGUGCACGUCUUCGACAAGAAGCUGGAGGAGAUGACUAGCCAGGUGCUGCAGUGGCAGAGGCAGCACAAGAAUGACCUCAAGAUGCUGGCAGCCAAAGAGGAGCAGCUCAUGGGAUUCCAGGCGGAAAUGGCCGCUCUGAAAGAGAAACUCCUUGAGGACGAGAAGGACCCCUGUUGCGUGCCUCAGGAAGUCCUUAGAUCCACCCAGCGCUCUAUGCCCAAAGAAGACUGUAGACUCCACCGAGAAAAUGAUCAGAUUAUGACCAACAUGGAGCAAUGGGCUAAAGAGCAGAAGAUCGCCAAUGAGAAACUAGGAAGCAAGCUCCGUGAACAGGUCAAAUAUAUCGCCAAACUGACUGGUGAGAAGGACCAUCUCCACAAUGUGAUGGUGCAUCUGCAGCAGGAAAACAAGAAGCUGAAGAGCGAGAUAGAGGAGAAGAAACUGAAUGUAGGGCAACCAAAAUUAUACAGCAAACCCUUUGGCUUCCUGAGCAAAAUGGAGCCCUUACAAAGGGAGAGGAAAGUGUGCGGGGCAAUGGGCUGGAGGGGGAUGCCCCAGGACUUGGGCCAAAGAAUGGACAACAAAUUAGUGGGGAUGCCCCACUGCUCAGGUAGGUCCCCCACUUGUCUUUCUCUACUGUCAAUGUCUUCUUUCUUAGUCUCCUGUGUCAAAAAAUAACAAGAGCAUGACAUUAUCUUUAAAAAGAUCACUGGAUUGAGAAUUCAAAUAGGGAAAAGAAAGCAGAUCUUGCAUGACCUCAAGUCAUAUGUUUAGUUCCUCUGGGCUUCAAAGAUAAUGACUUAUGCAGAGUGAGGAGAUGGAUUAAGAUACAUUCUGAUUUGAGAACCUUGAAUGAUACUCAAGCGCCUAAACCUCAGGCCUACCCCCAGCCCCAGCCCCAGUCCCUUUUGGGGAGUGUGGGGACAAGAGGAAACAGG